CUGUCUGGUGUGUUGGCCUUCGGUGCAUAUCUCAACGCACCUGCCCCCAUCUCCGCUUAUCAAAUUAAAAGGGGAAAAAAAAAAAAAAAGCCUCUCUGUUUUAAAUGGGAUUUCCUGCCAGAUGCAGCAAUGACCCAGUUAAUUAUGCUUUUCUGAGCAUUGUGAUUUUGAUGUGACCUAAUAACCAAGUAUAGCUUGCAUCGUGUUCUCUAUAUUGCUUUGGGAGGAUGCCAUAGCCUUUGAGGAUGUGGUUGUCGUGGCAACCUCCUCCGAAGAUUCAUAACCUCUGCCUACCCCCAUCCGUGGUGCAGAUGUUCACAUUAUCCUGACGAGAAGGUGCGUCUCAUUUUGUAGAGCCUUUGAGGCCGACUAUCAGGUGUGAAUUUCUCGCCGGCUUUUGAUCGAGGCAUUAUGUCAUUCUGCUACCAGCUGCAGUAUUUGCUCAAGAUCAUGCCUCAAAGUUUUUUUUUGCUUGGUGUGAUUAAAUGAUGUUGUGCAGGGCCCACAAAGUUAUUCACUGUUGUUGUAAGGUAGUUUUGGAUCAGGACAGAUAAAGUCUUACUUUAGAUUUACUUGUUGAACUAACACAAAAUAAGCAAAUCCCUCUCUGGAUAAUCUAAGGGAUAAAAUGAUUGCUUCGAAUGGGAGGUUGUUUUUGUGAUCGGUUUUCUUUGCCCGCCGUUUUUGGAUUACAGCAAAGUUGUAGGAUGAAGAGGAAGUAGCCUGACCUCUGCAAUCUGUUGGGGCUCCAACUGUUUCCUCUUCAUUGCCUCUAAUCCGUUGUUAUGUCAGAGGGAAGCGGGAUCCCACGCCACAACAACCGCUGGAAUGAAAUUGGUCUGGGCAUCUCCCUCAGCUUAAAUGACACAGAUCAAAUCGUAAACAUGAGUAGAUGACUUAGCUCGUGUUUUUCACAGGCAAUUUCCAUGCAAUUUAUUGAUUCCUACAGUGGGUAUAUAAGUGGAGCGUUGGGCCUAAAGGCAAUUUUGGUUUGGUUAAAAAGAACAAAAGACGGUAUAUUUCACAGGCAACUAAAUAUGUCAAAUUACUUAAUGACAAUCUAUGGGAAAUAUCAAAUAACCCAUCCCAUGAGAAACUUGAAAGAAAAAAAAAAGAGAUAAAAUAAAUUACAGAUUUUGAAGUAAGUAUUGAUUUCCUUACACCGAGGGGGGAAAUCACAUCCAGUGAACUGUAGAAUUGUCUGGGUGAAAGUGCAGAUAGCAGCAGAAACAAAGACAAAUCAAUACAGCCAGCUAUUUGUAUGUAUACUGCCCCAGAUGCUUUUCAAAUGUGAGCAUCUAUACGUAUCAGAUAAUUGACAUUUGAGACUAUAUUGACUGACUGAAAGGAUAAAAUCAAACGGCAUGUCACUGUGCCGGUGACAUGUUUUGUUAGUUCAAGGACAGACAGGGUUAUUUCGAGCAUCAAGGACCAAACAUUUGUGACCAUAUUAUAUAAGUAGAAGGUUUUUAUCCUUUUUAUCCUUUUUGGUUCGACUCAUCCUAUUAAGUGAGUGGGUUGGAAACCAUUGACAGUAGAAUUAAAUAACAUUGAGCAUCUUGUGACAAUACAAUGUCCUGUUAGGAAACUUUAAGACCUGGCAUUUGUGUGGAUGUUACUUAAACGUGUACCACGCACUGACACAGACUCACACACAAAAAUGGUUUACAAACAACUAACAGUAUUGGGAAGGUGGUCAUAAUGUUAUACCUGAUCAGUGUAUGGUAUAAAAGUAUAAUGUGUCUUAGGUGGAAACUGUGUUUUAAAUGUAUUAUUUACUUGGCGUCAUCUUCAGUGUAUUUAUUAGUUUAAAUCUACAAUUGAAUUGUUAGAAAGAAACAAAACACUGUUGAAAAUACCAUGUCACUCCACUCUUAUUUGACGUCAUUUCCCUGAAGAUGAUUCAUACAAAUCGGGAUAAAUCUGAUUGAAAUGGUUAUUUUCUGUCCGGGCACCGGUGCUUAGCGGCGCUGGGAGUUGAAAUUGAUGGGACACGAGGUGGAUGUGGCUCAUCGCUUAAAGGAAGUUGUUGGAAAUUAUGAAAUGACAUCACCGGGUUUUUUCAUGGCUUUGUUCGGUGCUCCUCUUGGCCACGCCUUCCUGCCAGCUCGGUCAUAAAGCAGCCAGGCUCUGCGUGUGUGCACCAGUUGAACUCAGCCAGUCGGUGCGGACAACAGGUGCACCGCAGCCGUCCCCCGCGUCCACCUCGCUGUAGGAUAAUGCCCGCAGAGCGUCGCCCGUGGCCUUGCGCAGGGAUUCCUCAGCCGCACGUUUUUAUAUCCUGAUCCUCAUCCUGAUCCUGAUCACUUCCAGCCACAAAGAUGCCUUUUCCACCCAUCAGCCUCCACCAGCGGAUCUCCUCGCCGGGCAGGGAACUGUUUGGGAAAAAGAAAGCCAACGGAGUGCCUCCUCAGACAGAGCAAAAAUCUUCCGGGGAAAAAGGGGGGUCCGAUAAGGAGAAACACUCCACGUCAUGGGCAUCCGCGAAUUUAAGGAAUCUGGGACGGAAAUCGCAGCAAGAGAAAAAUAAAAGCCCAGCUCAGAAGCCAAGUUCUGUGCAAGAGACUCAGGGAAAGUGUUCCUGGCUGGCGGUACCCAAACCUCAGGAUUCCUCCGAAGGAGUCAGGCGCUCCAGUUCCAUGGACUCCGCCAGACACCUCCACGGAAAAGACGAUGUAAAGAAGGAGAUUCAGUUUACCCUCAGUCUCACACCAGAAGCCAUUCUUGUCAUCCAAAAGCGGAAUCUAGAAAAGCAGAUGCUGGCUAAGCAGCAGAAGUGUUGCGCCUCCGCGGACUUUCGGCACAGGCGAGUUUUUCCAUCCAAAAAGACGCACGGAGGCUCGAAGGGCUGCGCUUCUGCCGUCAAAGCGGAGAGCGCCGAGCAGGACAUCACGGCCAUAGUUAAAAUAUCUCUGCUGAAUGACCAGUACAAGUACGAUGAUGUGGAGUAUGAGGAAGAGGACGGAGACGUGGAUGAGACUGUAGUAAGGAAAUGCAAAGAGUGGCUGAAAGGGGUCGAAAAUGCCGCCGCUUUGGGAAAAGUCGACAAACUUUCUGCACUUCCGCACCUUAAAGGCUGCUGACACCUUCAUUUUUUAAACUUGGACUGAACAAAUGAGAGACUGGUGUAAAGUGUGCACAUGUGUAGGCCUUCUGCAGUGGCAUCUUAAAUUUGAGUCAUGCGAAGUUUGCAUAAGAGGCGAGGAAUUCCGCUUGUUUCCAGAGGAAUGUCAGUUUAUUGCGAACAUAUAUAUAUAAAGAUGUCACUAGCAUAAAUAUGUCACUUAUUUAAGAAAGUUAAAUGUGUGAAUUGUAUCGGAUUAAGGUAAAAUUUGACAUUCACUUGCCUCGACAAAAUUAAGAGUUUAAAGCAUAACUGAAACCUCAUCCUGAAAUGCCUAUUUAAUGUUUCCAAGUUUCAGUUAAAUACCUUAAUAUUCUCGUUCUUUGCACAUGGUUUUUGUUUUCAGUGUGGCGCCUGUGUGCUGGCAGAGGGGUUUGCGUAAAGGGACGCGAAACCGUUCCUUUGUGCUGGAGAACAAUAAACUGUCAACACCAGGGCUUUCUGUGCGCCCGCUACUAAAAACCAAACUGAAUUGUGUAUCCCUUUCCUCUAAUAAGAGGGUCCUAUCAUUUGUAGGGAUAUAUCAGUGAUGUACAGUAUUUAACAAUGACUAAAUAUUUGUACUGUCAAAUGUUUUCUCUAAUGAUGAUUUGAAGCCAUUUGAAGUAAAAACGUGUUUUUUUUUCUAAUUA